ACCAUAGUCCAUUCAAAAAAACAUCAAAACUUCUCAGUCCUGCACGACCAAUAAUCAAUCACUUUUAAUAACUUAGAGGGAAAACGUUUGUGCAGGUCACAUGACGGACUGACGACCAGCAGGACCCUGUGGAGUUUGUUGGGACUUCUGCUUUUAAAUUUGGAUUUUGUUGGAACAUUUCUCUUCAAUGGCUUCAUCUUCUUCCUCCUCCUACUCUUUUAUUCUCCUUCUCCUCCUCUUCCUCGCCGUCGCUGUGGAGUUAAGGCCUUCACCUCAACGAGAUGACAAACAGGUGUUACACUCUCUGUUUGGCUCCCAUCUCUCUUCGCUGAUCUUGGCCCCACCCACCUCAGAUGACAUCACAGAGGGCUCAGCUGGACGCCCUACCCCCUCCUCGUUGUCUCCCUCUGGAGGACUGGCUGUGAGUCACAGCACUGCGAGGGGAUUGGCUGGCAGACAGGAGGAGGUCCCUCGGUUCUUCCUCGACUUCCUACAACAACAGGCCAAGAUGAGGAGGUGGAGCCGGAAGUCGAUGUUUGGAGGAAGAGGAUGCUUUGGGAUGAAGAUGGACCGCAUUGGCUCCAUCAGUGGACUGGGCUGUUAGACACAGAGCGUGUGUUCGUGUUGCUAUGGUGACUGCCUCCCUGGACGUUCACAUGGUAACGCCCAGCUGUGGGAUGCUUCAGGAGGUCACCACAGUAACCACCAACAACCCAUGACCCUGAGAAAACCUGACACCACCUCAUGUUGCAUCGGCUAUUUUUACCUGCAUGAUGUCAUUUGAGGUGACCUCAAGCUGACCUUGCAUGACCUCUGACCUCCAGGACCACCUGGUGCAUCACUCAGAGACUUCAUGUUGGAAACUUUACUAAUGAAGGACUAAAUGUAAGGAAAACAGGGCCCAUACUGGUCAAACUGGUGAGAAUGGCACUGCCAAGGAAAACAGCUGUUAACUUAUUGCUCUGCAAGAAGUCACAGUCUAACUGUACAAGACGGACAGACGACGUGCUCAUGCUGAGGGUUAGGGCUAGGGUUAACCCUCAGCCUGAUGCAUGACAAAGUGGCACAACAGCCAAUCAGAUGCUCAGAUGAAAAUAAUCAACUAAAACUACUCUGUUCUUAAUUAUUGAGCUUCAGCUAAUUUCAUUAUCACUAUUAUUAUUAUCACGAGACAGAAAAUGUGAUGUGCUACGCUCUCUUUCUGUCCUUUGGUCAUAGAGGAUCUGAACCAUAGACUCUGCAGCUCUUUAACAUUUAACAGAGUUAAUGUCAAAACUACUUUGAUAAAUAGUUUUUUUAUUCUCAAGCUUGUGAGUAAAGGUGAAAGGUUUUCACUUUUCUCUUCCACUAAGGUCAAGACUAUAUUAAAUACAUAAAUAUGGGCCCUGGUGUAGUGAGGUAGAUGCCAUAGAUGCAGGUCAUCCUGAUGACCUCUGACCCCUGACCCCUGGCUACAGCCAGAAGCAAACAGUGUGUGUGACAUGACCAUGUAUUAAACAUGCAGAUGUUUGUGUACCUGAGUGUGUUUGUGGACCACUGCAGUCUGACUGCAAUAAAUAAAACAAUAAAUAAAAACUUGGCUCAUGUCGCUUCAUUUUAGUCAUGUUCAUGCUGGAUCGUGUCUGGUUCAUAGUGGUGAACUGUCACCAAAUGUUUAAAGAAUAUUAAAAUGAUUAUAUAAUCCCUCUGAUAGCUUCCA